AUGGCAGAAGGCAAUGUGCAGAACAUGUAUCGGGGAGCUGGUGGAGGAAGAGACAUCCAGCAAUAUAAGGAUUUGUUUUCCUCAGUGCGAGAACCCCAGCAAUCCCCACCCAGCCCAAAAGCCUCCACCUCUAAAGAGUUUGAAGAUUCAGGGGAUGAAGGGACUAGUACUCUUCGCUCAGAUUCAGAUGAGGCGGGAGAGGAUAGCAGAAGUUCCAGAUACAAAGUCUCUUUAGACGAAGUGGACGAUCUUCUGAGUGCAAUUCAUACUACACUUGAAAUUCAAGAAGAAAAGAUGCUGAAGGGUCGUCAUGUACAAAUCUUGUCAGACAACACAACAGCAGCAGCCUAUGUGACCAAACAAGGUGGGACCAGGAGCCAAGGGGAUGGGAGUAAUGCAAUAUGGAAAGUGUACAAACAGAAGCUUUUACUUACAGAGAUUAGGAAAUCUCCUUUAAAGCCACAUGGGAAAGGGAGCAAGCGAAAACAAGAUGACAUUGAGGUCGAAGAGGAGUAUCACAGUUGGGUAACCUUUAUGGCUGAAGACCUACCAGAUGAGGAUCAAGAGGAUGACCCUACAUAUGAGCCCAGUAAGUUUUCCAACUCUGACAGUGAAGAAAACCGAUCCAAAAAUGACACUGAAAGUGAUUUGGAAGUAGAAGAGAAGGAUGGCAUGUUGAUGCUGAAGGAAUCUACACAAGACCCACCAGCCAAUGAGGCACAAAUACAAAAUGGAGAAAUUGAGCCAAUCAAUGAAGAGCAGAAAACUUCUGCAGAAUGAUCUACUAAACAAAUCCAGCUGUGGCGUGCCUUAAACCUAAUCUGCUUGGCCAUGACUUGCUACCUGUAACUUUGCUACUAUGUUAAUAAAUAUUUUUCAAUUUA